AUGGCUCGCUAUAUGUCAGAAACCUCGCACGAUGCAGACGUUGAGGAAUAUGCAGGGGACCCUACAUUGCGCGACGACGGAAUUUCCAAGAAGCCCGUGGCAAGUGCAGAUGCCCUAGAUAUUGCCCUUGGCGACAGCAGCAAUGUUGAAUAUACUAUCGACUCGGACAAUUCUCCUUACUUGGAAGUGCGAGCCAACGUUCCAAACACCGAUGACCCUACUUUACCAGUCAACACAUUUCGGAUGUGGUUUUUGGGGGUUGUCUUCACCCUCCUUGGUACAGGCGUCAAUCAAUUCUUCUCUAUGCGGUAUCCCAGUGUGACAAUUACUUCAUUGGUGGCGCAGCUGCUUAGUUAUCCAGUGGGAUGUUUCUUUGCCAAAGCCCUGCCUAUUAUGAGGGUGCGCUUGUUUGGGCGCUGGGACUUGGACAUAAAUCCGGACCACCACUUCAAUAUCAAAGAACACGCGGUAAUUACGAUCAUGUCUAACCUCAGUUUCAACCAAUCUUGGGCAAGUGCGAUUAUCCAGGCACAAAAGGUGUAUCUCAAGAUGUCAACACCUGUAGGAUAUCAGAUCUUGCUCUCGCUGUCGAUGCAGUUGUUUGGUCUUGGGCUUGCUGGGCUGUCAUACAGAUACAUCAUUGAGCCGCCUCAAAUGAUUUGGCCUUCGACACUGGCAAACGCAGCCCUUUUUCAAACACUGCACAGUGGAGCGAACCCAAUCGCCGACGGCUGGAAAAUCUCGCGAUACCGGUUUUUCCUUAUUGUCUGCAUUGGAAGUUUCUGCUGGUAUUGGUUUCCUGGAUAUAUUUUUACUGGACUAAGUACUUUUGCCUUCAUUUGCUGGGCAGCUCCUAAUAAUAAGGUCGUCAACAAUCUCUUCGGUAUGACCACGGGUCUGGGAUAUAUGCCCACAACAUUUGAUUGGAGCCAGAUUGCGUAUAACACAUCUCCCUUGACCAUCCCGUACUGGGCGCAGGCCAAUGUCUUCGCGGGUUGGUUUCUGAUAUACGCCGUGGCGGCCCCAAUCCUUUACUAUACCAACACGUGGUAUACAGCGUAUCUCCCUCUCACGAGCUCUGAUGCGUAUGACAAUACGGGAGGUAUUUACGACUCGAGUCGUAUCCUGAACAGCGAAGGAGUCUUUGAUGAGGACAAGUACAAAGCGUAUAGCCCCCUUUUCUUGCCUGUGACCUUCUCCUUGAGUUACGGCGUAGGCUUUGCAGUCCUGACGUGUUUGAUCACGCACGUACUUCUCUAUCAUACGAAGGAUAUCAUUCAGACUUUCCGGGGAGAGAACAAAAAGGAUAUCCAUGCCAGGUUACUUUCCCAGUACCCUGAUGUACCAUGGUGGUGGUACGGUGCCUUGACUGUUAUUAUCGUUGCUCUUGCGAUCAUGACGCAGUAUGUCUGGCAUACGGGGCUUCCCUUCUGGGGCUUGUUUAUCACGUUGGCUCUGGCAGCGAUUUAUGUGAUCCCAGUUGGAACAGUAUAUGCUGUGGCAAACCUUAACAGCAACUGUCUGACCGUUCUGGGAGAGAUCGUAUCCGGCUAUCUGUUGAAAGGAAAGCCACUCGUUCUCUUGAUAUUCAAGUUUUAUGCGUACACUGGGCUGAGCCAAGCCAUGUAUUACGGCGCAGACAUGAAGCUUGGAAUGUACAUGAAGAUCCCGCGGCGAACUCUGUUCGUUGCCCAGCUGGUUGCCUGCAUUCUGGGAACUUUGACGCAGAACGGGGUCCUGCUCUGGAUGCUUGGAAAUGUGCAAGACGUGUGCUCGGAGGACCAAGCGGACAACUUUACCUGUCCGCAGGGUCGGGUCAACUACAACAGUGCCGUUCUAUGGGGAGCUAUCGGACCUACCAGACUAUACAAUAUUGGAAAGAUUUAUUCCGGUCUGCUGCACUUUUUCUGGAUCGGAGCACUGCUUCCUAUCAUCACCUACGCCUUGCGCAAGAAGUACCCCAAGUCCCGGUUCCUGGAUGCUAUCCACUGGCCAAUUUUCUUUGCCGGCACGGGUAACUUGCCUCCUGCAACGGGUAUCAACUAUUCCACGGCGUUUGUAGUCAGUCUGAUUUUCAACAAGAUCAUCAAAGGUCGCAGGCCUCACUGGUGGGCCAAAUACAACUAUGUGCUGUCUGCAGCGUUAGAUUCAGGAGUUGCCGUUGGAGCCAUCGUGAUCUUCUUUGCUUUGACAUUCCCGGGAAUUACCUUCAACUGGUGGGGUAACACCGUCAAUAGUGGGACGGUGGAUAGCAAGGGCACGCCGUGGCUGGAGUUGAAGGGAAAUGAGACUUUUGGGCCGGCGACAUGGUCGUGA